AUGGAGGAUGUUUUGACAAAGAAUCGCGGACAUCGUGAUCGUGGUCGUGGUAAGGAAGAGAGAGGUCCGGAGAAGGACAGGCGAAAGAGACGGUCUGAGAGAGUUACGAGAAGUGAUUCUGAAGAUCGGAGACGGAGUGAUAGGGAGAGGAAUAAGAGAAGCGUAUCUGGAGAAGAUGAGGAGGAGGAGAGGGAUAGACGCAGAGCCAAGGAGAAGGAAAGAAGACACCGAGAACGUGCGAAAGAGAGUGAUGAUGAUGACUUGAAACGUAGAAGAAAAGAGCUUGGAGAAGAUGACAAUGGUGAAAAGAAGGAGAAUAUAACCCGGGAAGAGGAUAAACGGAGGAGAAGACUCCAUGAGUGGCAAGAAUUGAAGAGGAGAAAACAGGAAGCUGAAACUGAAAGGAAGAUGACUGACUCCGAGAGUGGAGGUGAUGGAGAUGAAGAUGAUGAGGUAAUUGAUCCUUUAGAUGCUUUUAUGAAUAGUAUGGUAUUACCUGAGGUUGAGAAGCUUAGCAAUUCUUCUUCUCCUCCUCUAGGAAUGAACGAUGGUAUUUUGGAUUCUAAGAAAAGUGGUGACCAGCCAAAGAAAGGUUUUAAUAAGGCUCUUGGUAGGAUUAUUCAAGGUGAAGAUUCUGACUCUGAUUAUUCAGAACCAAACAAAGAUGAUGAUCCAAGUUUGGAAGAAGACGAUGAGGAGUUCAUGAAGAGAGUAAAGAAGACAAAAGCAGAGAAGUUGUCUCUUAUUGACCAUUCAAAAAUAGAGUACGAACCUUUCCGCAAAAACUUCUAUAUCCAAGUGAAGGAUAUCUCAAGGAUGACAGAGGAAGAAGUUAACGCUUACCGAAAGGAAUUGGAGUUGAAAUUUCAUGGAAAGGACGUACCAAGACCUGUAAAAUCUUGGCACCAGACUGGUCUGACCAACAGAAUAUUGGAUACAAUGAAGAAGCUUAACUAUGAGAAGCCAAUGCCUAUCCAAGCACAAGCACUCCCAAUCAUCAUGAGUGGUAGAGACUGCAUUGGAGUUGCAAAAACAGGGUCGGGUAAAACCCUUGGAUUUGUUUUGCCUAUGCUGAGGCAUAUCAAAGAUCAGCCUCCCGUUGAAGCUGGUGAGGGACCAAUUGGGCUUGUAAUGGCACCUACGAGAGAGCUUGUUCAACAGAUUAACAGCGAUAUCAAAAAGUUUGCCAAGGCAUUGGGUAUAAGAUCUGUCCCUGUGUAUGGAGGAUCAGGAGUUGCCCAGCAAAUCAGUGAUCUUAAGCGAGGUACCGAGAUUAUCGUGUGCACUCCUGGCAGAAUGAUUGAUAUUCUCUGCACAAACAGUGGGAAAAUCACCAAUCUUCAAAGGGUCACAUUUCUGGUAAUGGAUGAAGCUGAUCGUAUGUUUGACAUGGGUUUUGAGCCUCAAAUUACUCGUGUUAUUCAAAAUAUUCGACCUGACCGCCAAACUGUGCUCUUUUCUGCCACUUUUCCACGCCAGAUUGAAACUUUAGCACGUAAAGUCUUGAACAAGCCUGUAGAAAUGCAGGCUGGUGGAAGGAGUGUUGUGAAUAAAGAUAUAACUCAGUUAGUUGAAAUCAGACUGGAGAGUGAGAGGUACUCUAGGCUUGUGGAACUUGUUGAGGAAUGGUAUGAGAAAGGAAAAAUCUUGGUCUUUGUUCAAUCGCAGGAAAAAUGUGAUGCUUUGUGCAAUGAUUUGAAUAUAGAAGGUUACCGUUGUCAAUCUCUUCACGGAGGUAAGGAUCAGAUUUAUCGAGAAUCAGCUAUAUCAGAGUUUAAGAGCAGUGUCUGCAAUUUGUUGAUUGCCACAAGUGUUGCAGCUAGAGGUCUAGAUGUGAAAGAGCUUGAGUUGGUCGUAAACUUUGAGGCACCGAACCAUUAUGAAGACUAUGUGCAUCGCGUUGGCAGGACAGGCAGAGCGGGGAGGAAAGGCUGUGCUGUGACAUUUAUCUCCGAGGAUGAUGCGAAAUAUGCACCAGAUUUAGUCACGGCCCUGGAGCUUUCUGAGCAGCCAGUUCCUGAUGAUCUGAAAGCAAUUGCUGAUGGUUUCAAAGCGAAAGUGAAACAAGGUAUUGAGAAAGCCCAUGGAACUGGCUAUGGUGGUUGUGGGUUUAAAUUCAACGAAGAAGAGGAUGAAGUUAAGAAAGCAGCGAAGAGAGCACAAGCGAAAGAGUACGGCUUUGAGGAAGAAGACAAGUCUGACUCGGAAGAUGAGAAUGAUGUAGUAAGAAAGGUCGGUGGUGAUAUCCUACAACACAAACUUGCAAAGAUUCAAGCUGAAGCAAUGCCUGAACACUAUGAAGCUGAACUGGAAAUCAAUGAUCUCCCGCAGAAUGCUCGUUGGAAGGUGACUCAGAGAGAAACUUUGGGUCAAAUAUCAGAGUGGGCUGGAGCCGCGAUCACCACUAGAGGUCAGUUUUAUACGCAAGGACGUAUCCCUUUACCUGGGGAACGCAAGCUCUACUUGUUCAUUGAAGGACCUACCGAAACAUCUGUCAAGGCAGCAAAAGCUGAACUCAAGCGUUUUCUUACAGACAUCAUUACCAAUCAAGCCUUGUCGCUUCGUGGAGGACCACAGCCCGGAAGAUACUCUGUUCUAUGA